CUUAUGUCAAACGGCGAUGUUUGCAACUGCAAGUUGGUGUCCUCCAUCCUCUCCACCCUCUCUCUUCCUCGUAUCUCCAUUCUGGCCUCUGACCCUGACCCUUCUCUCUCUCCAUCCUCCUCCUCCUCCUCUCCUUCCUCUCAGCACUCUGACGCUCUGUGUGGCAGCUGCCCGUCCUCUGGUUCUACCCAACAGGCGAACAGCAUUUGGCCGAACCCGCCGCAGUCGUGGCCCGGACAGCCCGCCCAGCCUGCACCGUGCUGGACCGGCCAGCCCAACACGCCCUGCUGGACCGGGACACAACCGGCACCGGUCUCUGCCGGUGCUCCAAUUUCAUCUGCUACACCAAUAGUCCAAGCUCCAGCUCAAGUUGCAGGUCCGUAUCAAACUCCCCAGUAUCAACCUCCCCAGUAUCAACCUCCCCAGUACCAGCCUCCCCAGUACCAGCCUCCUCUGUACCAACCAACCCAGUACCAGCCUCCUCUGUACCAACCAACCCAGUACCAGCCUCCUCAGCCACCGACUCCAAUUCAAAUCCCUGCUCAAGUUCAGGUUCCAGUUCCAGCUCCAGCUCCAGCUCCAGUUCCAGUUCCGACCCCGACUCCGGCCCCAGCACCAGCUCCUGCUACCAGUAUCCGCCCAAAUGUACCAGUGUGGCCUGCCCACCCCGGCUGGCCUUAUAACCCGGGACAGUCAGGGUGGCCUGGACAGAAUCCAGCCGUCAUGCCUCAACACUGGCUUCCACCAACAUCUGGACCUCUUAGUGUGCCGUACAACUUGAACUUGUCCCGAGGGGUCUAUGACAAGAUGAUGAUGACCAUCUUGGGCCAUGUCAAACCUAACGCCAAAAUGUUCACGGUGAACUUCCUGAGAGGAAACGACAUUGCCUUUCACAUCAACCCCCGCUUCAGCGAGGCGGGCAAGCAGGUGUUGGUCCGCAACCACAAAGUGGGUGAGCACUGGGGCCCGGAGGAGAGGGACCUGAAGGGGCCCUUCCCCUUCGCUCUUGGGAGCCCGUUUGAGAUGAAGAUCCUGUGCACUCAGGAGACGUUCAGGGUGGCGGUGAACAACUUCCCGCUGUUUGAGUUCCGACACCGAGUCAGAGAGCUCAACCAGAUCAACAGAAUCAACAUCCUGCACGACGUCGUCCUCACCUGCGUCAAUGUGGAGACACUUCCAUAG